GAACAACGCCCUUUCUAGUGUGGGAAAAGCAAAAAGAGUCCGAUGAUCAUCACUAAGAGACUAUACACUAGAUCGAUUACGACUUGCCUUUACUUUGAUCCAUUGAAUUCCUUAUUUUUCUUUCAAUUUCUCUAUCCUAAGUGGCCAUGAAGAAGAUUUCCCUCCAAUGGCUGCAACUAGAACUCGAAUCAUGUACGCGGCAUAUAGUACGUGGCUUGCCCGCCUACUGUUUGAUAAUUUGCUUCAGUCAAGCAAUCGAUCAUAUUCGAGCUUCACUGAUAACUAAAACUCGCAAAAAAAACCAAUACAUUGUUCAAGAUAAUGGAGCAGACCAGUGGUAUGAUCGUUGAAGGCGAAUGGAACACGUUUUCAUUGGGUGGAAUGUAUUCAUCGAGUAACGAAGAGUCUGAUUUCAUGGCGCAGUUACUAAACAACUGCUCUUUUCCCUCUUCCAAAUUUUCCUCUGGCAAUGAACUCUCCAUGUGUUUAUCGGAUAUGACUGAUGCUGACACGUAUUCUUUAUCGCAAGAGACUAGUUAUUACAGAGGGUGCAGUAAUGUUCCUUUUCCAAAUUCAUCUUGUCACGAAAGUUACAACUACCCGGAUGAACCACAGCCUUUUUUGUGCCCUCCUUCCAUGUCAAUUGACCGGAGUGGAUUAAAGAAUUUGCAGAUUGUUAGAGAAUCAGAAAUGCCUUGGCCAGAGGUCACCAUUGAAGAUGACAAGAACAGCCUCUUGGAGAAUAAGAAGAGAUCAAAGCGUGAUGGAGAUGUACAACAAAAGAGGAGAAACUCGAAAAUCAGGAAGAACAGUAAAGAUAGAUCACCCAACAUUGACUGCGAUUCUGAAGAUGAAUCAAACGGUUCACAUGAAGGAGUGACUUCAAGUUCGAUCACAAUCUCCAAAGGAGCUGCAGCAUCUCUAAACAUAAGCAACGGCAAGACAAGAGUCAGUAGAGGGUCUGCAACCGAUCCCCAGAGUGUAUAUGCAAGGAAAAGAAGAGAAAGGAUCAAUGAACGUCUAAGAAUUUUACAAACACUUGUUCCAAACGGGACGAAGGUUGAUAUUAGCACCAUGCUUGAAGAAGCUGUUCUAUAUGUGAAGUUCUUGCAGCACCAGAUCAAGCUUCUAAGUUCUAAUGAAAUGUGGAUGUAUGCACCAAUUGCGUAUAAUGGGAUGGACAUUGGCCUUGAUCUCAAUAUCACUGCCCCUAAGUUGUAAUUGGAGACGAGUCGUGUUGAAAUUUGUCGUCAAAAUGACCUCUUCGGAUUCAUUUUGAUGGCACUGAUCAAUAAAUAGUUUUUCUCUUUUCGAGAUAGAUAAUUCACAUUUGUAUUGGAGAAAUGGCUCGUAGAGUCUUUCCUUUCGAACAUUUAUAAUCUACGCCCAUAAAAGCACACAUUUGAACCACUUUGGGUUGCUGUCCAGACAUUUCCAGU